UCUCGCGGCUCAUCGGCGGAAUGCCUGUAGAUUUUGGGAAGUGGUUUCAGUGAAGGGCAGAGGAGCACUUUAACAGAAAGGAACCCGAAAAAUCACUGCUGGGCCGAGGAGCGGCAAGAAACUUUAUUUAUCCAGAUGUGAUUUUACAACACUGACAGGAUCACAGCAUGCAUCUGAAGAUAUGGCAUCCACUCCUUUUGAUGUGCUGAGUAUUUGUCCAGAAAAACACACAUACAAACUGACACAUGCGUGUGCAAUGAGUUGACAUUUAAAUCAGAGGAGAAAAUAUAAUCACUUUGUAUUCUCCCUCACCGCCUCUGAGCUUCCCCACCUUUACAAUGGACCGGCCGCUGCUGAGACGAAUGUCGGCCUCAGGCUGCUGCUCCUACAGCACCCUGAAGGCCUGGCUGCCCAUCCUCUCCUGGCUGCCCAGAUACAAGCUGAAGUGGCUUCAGAUGGAUCUGCUCGCAGGCAUCACCGUCGGGCUGACGACUGUACCUCAGGCACUGGCCUACGCUGAAGUAGCUGGCCUUCCUGUGCAGUACGGACUCUACUCUGCCUUCAUGGGGGGGUUCAUCUACACACUUCUGGGGACCUCUAAGGACGUGACGCUGGGUCCCACGGCCAUCAUGUCCCUCCUGUGUUUCUCUGUGGUUGGUGGGCAGCCGCACCGAGCUGUGCUUCUCACCCUCCUCUGUGGACUCAUCCAGGCUGUAAUGGCAUUACUGAGAUUAGGCUUCCUCUUGGACUUCAUCUCCUUCCCUGUAAUAAAAGGCUUCACUUGUGCUGCUGCAGUAACCAUUGGUUUUGGCCAGGUCAAGAAUAUUCUGGGACUGAAAGAUGUUCCCCACCAGUUCUUCCUGGAGGUUUACUACACCUUCUACAAGAUCCCAGAGGCCAGGAUAGGCGAUGUGGUCCUGGGUCUGCUUUGUCUUGCCGUGCUGGUCAUGUUGAUGUUUAUGAAGAUGGGUCUGGGCUCUGAAGAUGUGCCCCCCUGCUCCAGACUCGCCAGGAAACUAGUGUGGGCUGUCACUACCAUGCGUAACGCUCUGGUGGUCGUGGCUGCCUCCCUCGUAGCAUUUUCCUGGGAUGCCUACGGUCAUCAUGUGUUCACAAUCACUGGGAAAACUUCCCAGGGGCUCCCACCGUUCAGGCCCCCACCCACGUCAGACACCAUGGCCAACGGCACCGUCGUCUCCUUUGGAGAGAUCGUAGAGGACUUUGGAGGAGGGCUUGCUGUGAUUCCCAUCAUGGGCCUGUUGGAGAGCAUUGCUAUUGCGAAAGCUUUUGCCAGUCAGAACGACUACAGGAUCGAUGCCAACCAGGAGCUGCUGGCAAUUGGUGUGACUAACAUCAUGGGAUCCUUUGUGUCAGCCUACCCUGUCACUGGCAGCUUUGGGAGGACAGCUGUGAACUCCCAGACUGGGGUCUGCAGUCCAGCUGGAGGGAUCGUCACUAGUGUGAUAGUGUUGCUUUCUCUGGAGUUCCUCAUGCCGGUCUUCUACUACAUCCCCAAAGCUUGUCUGGCUGCUGUUAUCAUCUGUGCGGUAGCUCCCAUGGUGGAUUACCAUGUCGUAGCUAAUAUGUGGAGGAUACGCAAGCUGGACCUGCUGCCUUUUGUUGUGACGUUUCUGAUGAGUUUCUGGCAGGUGCAGUACGGCAUCAUAGCAGGUGUAGCUGUAUCAGGAGCCAUGCUGCUGUACAACAUGGCCAGACCCCAGAUAAAGGUGUCUGAUCACGGUGUACUGGUGAUGGAGUUGAGCAGUGGACUCAGUUUUCCUGCCACAGAGCAUCUCAGCCAUAUCAUACACACCCAGGCUCUGCAAGUGUCUCUUCCGAGGUCAGUGGUCCUGGACUGCCAUCAUGUCAGCGUCAUAGAUUACACAGUGAUCAGCGAGCUCAGGGACCUGCUGAGGCAGUUCAAGCUUCGAGACGUGCAACUGGUCUUUUCCAGAUUGCAGCCCUCUGUUCUGGAGGUUCUGCUAGCAGCUGACCUGCAGGGCCUCAGGCACACUGACAGUGUGGAGGCAGCCCUGCAGAUGGAGUCAGAGAACCUCCUCAAUGACUGACACAGAAACUUUCCAAUCACACUCUGGUGAGAAAAUGUCUGAUGAAGGACAGAAGCAAUGUAGCAACAACACUGAUAGGUGAAGUUUCUGAUCUGGGAUUAUUGGGCUGUUCAACUGUUGGUGUUAAACUACCUCCAUUUUUGGCAGUCAAGUGCACAGCGACUGCCAGUGGCCAAGUGAUAUCCCCCUUUUUCCUGUUACAGGAAAUUGUUGCAUUGAACUUUGUAUUUGCCAAACCUGACUCUGGAAAUUACUGUGGUAUCUCCCAGAUUAAAACACUAAAUUAGCAUUGCACAAAACAUGGGACCAGACAUCUAAGUAAAUACUUUUGAUGGACUUUUUUGUGUUUUGUAUGAACGAGAAGGUAAUGAGAGAAAUAAUAUUUGUAAUAUAUAUGAUUUACUAACAGAGCAUUCCUUGUGACAGGUGAGCAGGUGAGACCAAAUCUGAAUUUAAAGAGUAACAAUUCACCAUUUUACCCAUUAAUUGAUGAAUUCACCUAUCACACUCAAAUCACCACAUUUAUACAAGGAUUCUUAGUGAAUAAAAAGUUUACAUUUUCA